AUGGCUGAUACGGAUGGGAUAGGAGGGGCCGAGAGACGUGGCUCUCUCUUUGACACUGUCAAAGACCACAGGCAGUUCUCUGAAAAUGUCACCGGAGAAAUUAAAAAUCCACUCGCCGAAGUCCCCAGGGACCAGUUGCUGGACGAUGUACGCGGCUUUGCCCGGGAGCACGGCUUGCAGGAUAUCAUUCCCCUACUCGAAAAAGGUGCUCUCGUCGCCCAGAACCCCAAGGAUUUCGAGACCCUGCCUGAACUCGAUGAAGACGACCGUAUUUGCCUACGUGAAGAGGUCACGCAUCGCUGGAAGCUCCCCUGGGGUCUGUACUAUACUAUCAUCCUCAACUCCAUUGCUGCCGCUAUCCAGGGAUGGGAUCAGACUGGAUCGAAUGGAGCGAAUCUUUCAUUUCCCAUAGAGUUUGGUAUCCCCGAUAAUCCAGCUUACUGUCCUACUGAUGCGAUCUGUGAGAAAAAUGCGUGGAUCGUUGGUUUCAUCAACUCAGUCCCCUACAUUACCAUUGCUCUCUUUGCUGGCUGGCUUUCUGAUCCCAUCAACGACUUGAUUGGGCGUCGAGGAACAAUCUUCAUCGCAGCUAUUUUCUCUUUGCUUGCACCUAUCGGCUCUGCUCUCACUCAGAACUGGGGUCAGCUUGUCAUCUGCCGUGUCCUGCUUGGAAUAGGCAUGGGUCUAAAGGAAGUCACGGUGCCCGUCUUCUCGGCUGAAAAUACCCCCGCCAACGUCCGUGGAGGACUGGUCAUGUCGUGGCAGGUCUGGACCGCGUGUGGAAUCUUCCUUGGUACCGUUGCUAAUCUGGCUGUCGUCAACACCGGAAGGAUCGCAUGGAGGCUGCAGCUGGGCUCCGCAUUUAUCCCAGCCGUCCCACUUGUGAUUGGUAUUUACUUUUGUGCUGAGUCACCGCGUUGGCUGCUGAAGAAGGGCAAGGUUGCAAAGGCAUAUCGUUCGCUGCUGAGGCUGAGAAACACCCCCCUACAGGCCGCCAGGGAUGUGUACUUUAUCCAUGCCCAGCUUCAGCAUGAGCGGGCUAUACUCGUGGAGAGCGGUUUGAUCAAGACGGACAACUUCUUCACUCGCUUCAUUGAGCUUUUCACCAUCCCCCGCGUGCGUCGUGCCACCCAGGCCUCCGGUGUUGUCAUGAUUGCCCAGCAGAUGUGCGGAAUCAACAUCAUCGCCUUCUACUCAUCAACCAUCUUCGAACGCGCGGGUGCAAACAAUAUCACCGCGCUCUUGGCCUCCUUUGGCUUUGGCCUUGUUAACUUUGUCUUUGCCUGGCCCGCCGUCUGGACUAUUGAUACCUUUGGCCGCCGUGGUCUCCUUCUCUUCACGUUUCCCAACAUGUUCUGGACUCUUCUUGCGGCGGGGAUGUCCUUUUACAUCCCUGAAAGCAGCCGUGCGCAUCUCGGCCUGAUCGCUACAUUCAUCUACCUCUUUGGUGCCUUCUAUUCGCCCGGAGAGGGACCGGUCCCCUUUACCUAUUCGGCCGAGGUCUUCCCCCUCUCCCACAGAGAAGUCGGCAUGGCCUGGGCUGUGGCCACGAAUAACUUCUGGGCGGCCGUGCUGGCGCUCACCUUCCGUCGACUAGACCUUGCAUUGACCACGCCCGGAGCGUUUGGUUUCUACGCGGGACUCAACAUCAUCGCCCUGGUCAUGAUCUUUCUGUUCCUGUACGAGACCAAACAGCGCACCCUUGAAGAGCUGGACUACAUCUUUGGAGUGCCUACCCGGACCCAUGCGAAGUACCAGCUCACGAAGGUCUUGCCGUGGUGGAUCAAGCGAUAUAUCUUCCAGCGAAAGCACGCCGUGUGCCCGGAGCUGUACCAUCUCGAUAGCAUCCGGGAGCAGGUUUCUGAGAAAGGACACCACCAUGAACAUGAUGGUGGGGUCAAGCAGGUAUAG